AUGAAGGCUAACACAGCUGGUGCAUACCCGCCUCAGCCUACCGGCUUCACCAAUCCUGGGGUUCCUGUUUCUUCCGGUGCCUAUGAAGACAUCAUGGAUGUUAAGUACAAUGGUGGCAAGCCAGUUGGUUUCAAUACAAAUGGCCAACAGUCCUCAGUUGGCGUAUUUGCUGCCCCACAGUCCAGCACGGUGACUGACGCUUGUAAGGCAACUGUAAGCGGGCCUCAACCUAAUUCGAUUCAAUCUGCCCCUCUCACACAAUCAGUCUCGGUCGCUCCUCCGCUCCCAGUUGGCCUACAGGUUCCUACAUCUGUUGGAUCUAGUGGUGGAUUUCCGACCCCUCAGACCCAACAUCAGUUUGGCGGACCUCCGAAUAGUCAUAUUUUUGGAUUCUAUCCCAAUGCUUCAGUGCCUGGUGGUGGACCAACUUGCGUCCCUUCAGGAGCAGCUGGCGCAGGCACUUCUGUCACGGGGCAUCACAUUCCCGGUAAUGCUUGUUCGGCCCCGGAUCCAAGCCAAAGUCGACCUGCCUCCUCCGCUUCAGCAUCUCAUAUGAACGCAAUGGUGGCGGCUGUAUUGCAGCAGCAUCAUUCUCAGGUUUGGAUUUUAAUGCCUCAGCCAGUGCGAAAUAGCAAGGUUGUAUUAAAAGUAAUCGGUGUAAUAAGUAUCUUUGAGUUAGGCUUGGUUACAAACCACAUUUUUUGA